UUCGUAUUAUGAAUGUCGUAAAUGUUUGGGGUUGGAAAAACCUUCAAGUUCAAAAUGUAUCUAAACAUUCGCAAUAUACUCUAUACUGGUAUUUAUCCAAAUUAACAACAACAACAACGAAAUUCACCCGCGCACAAGUCCUCUGAUAACGGAAUACCACAACAAAAUCAUUCGUUGACCGGAAAAGUAGUCUUUCGCUGGCGAUACUUAGCGCUAAACGUACGGUGUACCUAUAAAUCAUUUUACGCGCCGCAAAAUUUAAAUAAUAACAAAAUAUAUUAAAAAAUAAAAAGAUAUUUAAUAUCAACUUGUUUCUUUUUUGGAUUAUCUCAUUUUUUCUGCACACCAAAAAUUUAUUUAUUUUUAAAGAAAUAUUAAAACCCUCAAUAUGCGUGGCCUAAAGUUUGUGCGCGUCAGAAAGGGUUAUUCCCGCUUUCGACCCGGAAAGAACGGAAACAGGAUCUAAAAUUACAACAUCCUCUUCCGUUUUCGAAGUCAUCUGAAAUAAAUUUGAGUGAAAACAUAUUGUAAAAGAAAAAAAGAAUUGUGUGGAAAUUUUUCUAUGCGUGGCGAAAAAAAUAAAAUACUGUGAAUCAAAAAUAUUGUGCAAAUAAUAAUUCAUGUUUGUUUUGUGCCGUGUAUUUGAGACACAAAUAUUUGAAGACGAUGCGAAUUGAAGUCAUCGUGCAAAAAUAAAUAGAAAAAUAAAAUAAAAAUAAAAAAACCAAAACAAAACUUAAACCUGGAUUAAUUAAUUAAAUUAAAAAUUUCCUGUUUAUUCGAAGCAAGUUUGAAAACUUUUGUGCGCGCUGCACACCACUCAUCAUCAACGCAUAUCUCUCUGUCCCAAUUGAUGAUUAAAGAAAAUUUUAAGAUAUUUAUCUAAUUUGAACUGGACAAGCGUCUUAUAAGAAGAAAAACUUUUCAGCUGUAACACAAAAUUGUAUCACCCCAAUCAUGAUUGGUCCUUGGAAAACUUGAAACAAAAAGCUAUACAAUUUUAAAGAACAAAAAAACUGAUGUUUUCAACAACUAAACGAAUGGAUUCAUACAUCAACAACAAAAACAUUGACAAUUCAAUGAUGUACUUCAUCCCUCGAAUCGCUAUCAUCAGUGAACGUUGCUUUAAUAUAAAAACCGCAUUACGCCCAAUGAGAAAGUUACUUGUCAAUUUUCCGGCCAAGAACUAUACAUGAAAAAACUUUAUAAAAAUCUCAAAAUAUUUUUGAAUCUCCAAAAGAAUAUCAUCGCAAACUCUUACAGUCAAAGAUAGACUCAAAGGAUAAACUACAUAAACGCACUCUAGAAAUUCGACAAAAAGCUUAAAUAAGGAUAAUUGAAUAGAGUCUCGUGGAAAAAAGCAUUGAUCGCUAUUAACACUACGCCACCGCGCCGAUAAGGAUAUUUUUAAGUUUUAUCAAACUCAAAAUCAUAGAAGGAAACUCGCAGUCCAGCAAUGUCCGAUAUUCGAUUUGAUACCUUUGCAAACGAUUACCAUACAAAUAUUUCAGCAAACCUCCUGAGUCUACCCUUCGUCCAUCCAUCGCCUCGUUCCUAUAUUCUCGAUGAUGGUGAUGAGGAAGAUUUUUCCACCCCACUCAACAUUCCAUAUGUAGUUUUUGAAAUUCUCGUUGCCAUUUUUGCCAUUGUUGGCAAUCUGAUGGUGAUUAUUGUCUUCCAUCGCGAACGGAAGUUGCGUAGACGUACGAACUACUACAUUGUUUCGCUGGCCAUUGCCGACUUCCUGGUUGGAUUGUUGGGUGUGCCGUUCGCGGUUUUGGCCUCAGUGGGACUGCCAAGGAAUUUACACGCCUGCCUGUUUACCGUAUCACUGUUGGUUGUGCUGUGCACGAUAUCGAUCUUUUGUUUGGUAGCUGUAUCUGUGGACAGAUAUUGGGCCAUAUUGUAUCCGAUGGCAUAUUCGAGGAAUGUCAGGACGAAGACAGCAAUUGGAAUCAUUUCCAUGUGCUGGGUGGCUGGAACGAUAGUCGGAUUCUUGCCGCUUUUUGGUUGGCAUGCCGACGUGGAAAACAAUGCAUCAUGUCUUUUUGAAAAAGUCAUGGACUACAACUAUCUUGUUUUUCUUUACUUCGCCACAAUAAUAACACCGGCUCUGCUCUUGUUGGCUUUCUAUGCCCACAUAUACCGUGUUAUUAUUAAACAGCUGAGACAGAUUGUAACCAUGAAUCCAGUUGGUGAUUGCAGUCGAAGAUCUUCAUCAAAUCAAAUACAUUCACUGCAUCAUCGAAUGUGUCAUGGCGGAACAAUGCUUAGGGUUUUAGGUGCAGCUAGAAAACGAGAUGUUAAAGCCACGCAAAAUCUUUCGAUUAUUGUUCUAUUCUUUAUGAUCUGUUGGAUUCCUCUGUAUACAAUCAACUGUAUAAAGGCUUUUUGUCCGACUUGCUUUGUCCAUCCUAAGUUGACGUUCUUCUGCAUAAUUUUGUCACAUCUUAACUCAGCUGUCAAUCCAGUGCUGUAUGCUUAUCAUUUAAAGGACUUCAGGGCAGCUCUCAAGACCUUGAUUUUGAAGGUGAUUGGUGUGGAAGUUCAACAACCAGUGGAGGUGGCACAUCGGUUUUCUCUGGCUAGUCAACAUCGUUUGCAAUCGGUUGACCAUAAAAGGUCGUCAUUGCAAACGAGGAUUUAUAUCGAUUCUCCAAUUUGGUUGCGACAACAACAGCAGACGUUGAAAAAUGACCUCACUGUCAAAAUAUGCCCCCGCAGUCCAUCCUGCAUCACAAACAGUCUUGCUGGCGUCCAUCAAACUGUUGCUGCAGUUGCAUCUGCAACAGCUGAAAUAGAUCGUGGUGUUUGGAAUAUUAUCGAAGCGUCCAGCUGUGCAGAAAAAGAGGAUAACAUUCAAAAACAUCCAUCGUCUUCAAUCGAAGGACGUGAAAGUCCAUAUUCCUAUGACAACCACAAUUACUCAUCCAGCCCCGAUGAACUCGACUACGAUGAAGUCUUCCUCAAUAAUCAAGAACAAAGUGUUUGUCAAGCAACAACUGCCACCUCGAUUCAUGACAGAUUUCGUUCCGAGGACGAUUCCAUUAAUGAAAAGUACAAAUUAGCCCAAAAUGCUCUAACAGAUUCCUCAAUGAGUGAUUUUGAAAUUCCCCGAAGUCACCUCAUUCCAGCUUCCAGUGAGACUACAGUCAGUUAUAGCCCCUCGAAUGUAGACUGCGAAAACUGCCCACCACUGACUAUGAACACCGAUAUCACCAGGCAUUCACCGAAUAUUUUUGUGAUAGAAAAUGACACAAAUCCGCUAUCGCCACCUGCGACGGGACACAAACCAAAAUUUAGAAAGUCCCCUCGACUAUCGGUGGGUUUGGUGGGAACCCGUGCUAAGUGUAGAAUAACAAGGUCGUGCAGCUGUAACGGUGACACAGAACUAAUAUCUUCAAAUAGUAAUAAUAGUAUAAAUAUUUUAAGUAGUAAUAAUAACAACAACAACACAAACACCAACAACAGUAAUAGUUUCGGAGAGAGAUUCAGUCCACUGAAAACUAUGAGCAAUUUUAUCUUUCCAACAACAGCGGCGGCGGUGGUUAAGCAUUCCAGUUUUGUUCAUAUAUUCACUGGAAGUAGUCCAGGUGAAAAUAAUCAAGAGCAUCAUCAAAAAAUGGUCAGUCCAGAUAGUUGUACGUCAAAUAGUGGUGGAAAGAUAGUCAGGCAGCGGCCAACUUCUGACAGUUAAAGUAGUUAGUUGGUGUAAUGUCGCGAUGUGAUUCCAAAGAAUACUCAUUUACUUCCAGUGUGUUGGAAAGUUAAUUUUUGUUUACAGUUAGUCUUUUAUAUGAGUGUAGAUUUUUUAAGUUAGUUCUAAGUUUUGUUUUAAUUUUUCUCGCUAAUUUCAGCUUGAAAAAUCAUUUAUUGACUGGAAACAAAAAAUCAAGGAAACUCAACAACUUUAAGUAGUACAAUAAAAAUAAAAUACAUUUAAGGAUACAAACCAAAUCAGAAGUUUAGUUUUAAAACAGUUUACGAUAAAUAUUUUAUUUCAACACUAAUAUUCCUUAUUGGCACCUUAGACAUAAUAAUUUUUUGAAAUCUGAAAGUUCUUCCCCCUAUUCUUAGACUGUGUUCUAAUUUUAGUCUUUUAAGGCUACUCAUUUUGAACUCUCAACGUUUCUUAUCUUUCCUACGACAUAUUUCAAAAGCUGAAGUUCUUAUUUUUUAAGAUAUCUGUAUGAGCGAGAUAAAAUGUCAAAUGUUUAAAUGUGAACACCGUCUUACAUUUCAGUUGGGAUUCAUUGAACUUCAAAGAGGCGCCAUGUGAAUACCAACUCUCUCUUGUUGCAAUUUGACAGCAACAAGGUGAAUUGAGUAAAUUGUUUCAAAGUGAAUUGUAUCGUGGUGAGAUUAUUUUAGGUGGGAUAUUAGAAAACAGUGAAUAUAUAUAUGAUUUUUAAGUUCGUAGCUAUGAACGGAAAUACUUACAUAUACGUCCAAGAAAAUACAUUAAUUGGUUUCUCUUAAUAAAAUAAAAUCUAUUUUGGAUAAUGCACAUGUUACACUAGGUAACAAUAUGUUUUAAAUACAUGUACAUAGUACAAAAAAUUUGUUGAAAUCCAAAUUUACACAGAAAGGUUUCAAAAUUGUAUACCUAACCGUAUUUCAAUAUAAAAUGUACCUAUCUAUCAAAAAAUAAUUAAACAUAUAUUUUUGUCUAACAAAUAUAAAAGACUGUGAUUCGGGUCGAAGAAAAGAAGUCAAAAAGAAUAUGAGAGCGAAUAUAAAUGAACAAAAUAUAAAUAUCAAAACAAUUGUGUUUUUUUUUUUAUUUAAACUUUUGUAAAUCUAUAAUUAAUUGCUCAAGUAUUAAAUUUUUAAGAAAAUUAUAAAAUAAAAUAAUACAAAAAACUUUCUAAAGUUAAAUAUUUUAUGAAAUGUACAAUGUACCUUUUUAGAGUAUACUUUAGAUUUUAAGAUGUAACUAUUUAUGUAGUUUAAAUGUGUAUUUUUGAUUAUUUAUACGUAAUAAUUGAAAUAUGUAUAAUGUUUAAAAAGAAAACAACAAAAUCAAACUUCAUUUAGCAUGUA